GGAGUGGAAACUUGCACCUAUCCCAGAAAAAGUUAUUCAGGGAUGUGAUGCUGGAGAAUUAUAGGAACUUGGUGUCUUUGGGGUUUGCAGUUUCCAAACCAGAUGUGAUCUGCCAAUUGGAAAGAAAGGAAACAUCUUGGAUGCCAGAGGCAGAUAUUCUAAGAAGCAGCUGCUCAGGAAGCAAAGAAUUUACUGGAGAGAAAUGUUAUGAAUGUCGUGAAUGUGGGAAGGCCUUCAAGAGUAAGAAACAACUGACUGUGCAUCAGAGAAUUCAUACUGGAGCGAAACAUUAUGAAUGUAAGGAGUGUGGGAAGGCUUUCAUCUACAAUUCAGAAAUUAUUCUCCAUCAGAGAAUUCAUUCUGGAGAGAAGCCUUAUGAAUGUAGUGUAUGUGGGAAAGCCUUCAGGAUGAAGUCAAAACUUACUUUACAUCAGAAUCAUACUGGAGAGAAACUUUACGAAUGUAAGGAGUGUGGGAAGGCUUUCAUUUAUGGCUCAGAACUUAGUCAACAUCAGAGAAUUCAUACUGGAGACAAACCUUACGAAUGUAGUGUAUGUGGGAAGGCCUUCAGGAUGAAGUCAAAACUUACUUGGCACCAGAGUAUUCAUACUGAAGAGAAACCUUAUGAAUGUAAUGUAUGUGGGAAGGCCUUCAGGAGGAAGCAACCUCUAACUGUGCAUCAGAGAAUUCAUACUGGAGAGAAACCUUAUGAAUGUAGUGAAUGUGGAAAGGCCUUCACAAGGAAGACACAACUAACUGUGCAUCAAAGAAUUUAUCUUGGAAAGAUUCAUCAUGAAUGUAAAGAGUAUGGGAAGGCUUUUCACUACAAUUCAAAACUUAUAACACAGCAAAGAAUUUAUGCUGUAGAAAAACCUUAUAAAUGUAGUAUAUGUGGGAAGGCCUUUGGGAUAAAGUCAAAACUUACUUUGCAUCAGAGAAUUCAUACUGGAGAGAAACCUUAUGAAUGUAAGCAGUGUGGGAAGGCUUUCAUCCAGAACUCAGAUCUUAUUCUACAUCAGAGAAUUCAUACUGGAGAGAAACCUUAUGAUUGUAGUGUGUGCGGGAAAGCCUUCAGAAUGAAGUCCAAACUUACUUUGCAUCAGAGAAUUCAUAGUGGAGUGAAACCUUAUGAAUGUAAGGAGUGUGGGAAAGCUUUCAUCUCCAACUCGGAUCUUAUUCUACAUCAGAGAAUUCAUACUGGAGAGAAACCUUAUGAAUGUAGUGAAUGCAAGAUGGCCUUCAGGUGUAAGGAACAACUUACUGCACAUCAGAGAAAUCAUACUGGAGAGAAACCUUAUGAAUGUAGUGAAUGUGGAAAGGCCUUCAUGAAUAAGAGAAUACUCACAGUGCAUCAGAGCAUUCAUACUGGAGAGAAACCUUAUGAAUGUAGUGAAUGUAUGAAGGCCUUCAAUAGGAAGGAAAGUCUUACUCUGCAUCAGAGCAUUCAUACUGGGGAGAAACCUUAUGAAUGUAGUGUGUGCAGGAAGGACUUCAGGAGUAAGCAACAACUUACGGUACAUCAGAGGAUCCAUACUGGAGAGAAACUUUUUGAAUGUAGUGAAUGUGGAAAGGCCUUCAGGAGUAAGGCAUGUCUGACUGGGCAUCAGAGAAUUCAUACUGGAAAGAAACCUUUUGAAUGUAGUAAAUGUGGGAAGGCAUUCAGGAGUAAGAUACAACUUACUUUUCGUCAGAUCACUCAUAUUACAGAGAAACCUCAUUAGUAUAGUGAAUUUGGGAAAGCCUUUAGACAGAACGCAUGACUUUGUGUUCAUUAGAGAAUUCAUAAUUGAGAGAUUCCUCAUGAAUGUAAAGAGUGGGAGGACCAUCCAUCACAACUAAGCUUUUAUUGAAUAGAAGAGAUUCCAUACUGGUGAGGCAUGUUACGAAUGUGCAAGGCAUUAAGAAGGAAGGCGCAACUUACCGUACAUGAGAGUAUUUAUACUAAAAAGAUUUGUUAUACAUGGAAGGGGUAUACGACUUUGAACUUAGCUUACAUCAGAUAAUAAUGUUGGAGAGAAACCUUGUGAAUGUAAUAUAUGUGUGAAGGCCUUUAUACAGAGUAUACAACUUAAUUUCUGUUGGAGAAUUCGUACUUAAGAGAUUCCUCAUAAAUAUAAAGGGGGAAAGACCAUCACAACUUAGAUUUUAUUGAAUGUCUGAGAAUUCAGCUGGUGAGGGUCCUUAUGAAUAUGGAAAGGUCUUCAGAAGUAAGCCGCAACUAACUGUAUGUCAGAGCAUUCAUACUGGAUAGAAACCUUAUGAAUGUAGUGAUUUUGGGAAAGCCUUCAGGAGUAAAACAAAAUUUACUGGGCAUUGAAAAUACUACGAAGGUUCUUUAUGAAUUUAAGGAGUGUAGGAAGGCUUCCACUACAACUCAGAACUUCUCAUUCGUUCUGAUGAGAAACCUUAUGAAUGUACUGUAUGUAGGCAGGCCUUUCGUCUGACUUUAGAACAUACUGAGAACAAAAAACAGAACUCAUUAGAACAUACUUGUACAUUAGAACAUUGAUACUGGAGAGGGACCUUAUGAAUGUAAUGAAUGUGGGAGACCUUCAGCCUGAGGAUACUUAAUCAACAUCAAAGAAUCUAUUUUGGAGAGGAAUCUUAUGAGUUUCGUAAUGCAUGUGGGAAGGCAUUUUGACUGAAGAUACUCCCCUGAUGUCUGUCAGAGAAGUCAUGCUCUCUAGAAUGUUUAUGAAUGUAAGGAGGAUUGGAAGAUCAUAUAGCUGUCUGGACUAUGAUUCUGAGCCCUUAUAUGAAGUUCUAAAGUCCUUAUUUAGUCCCCAGGAAAGGAGAUGUCCUUCUGAGCCCUCUGCGGGAAGAAAGAUUAAUGUUAUCAUCCCAUGAACCUUCUCAUAGGGAGAGGAUUUGGUGAUUGAGCCAGAGGAUACUGAAUGGGUGAUGGUAUUAGAAGAGCCUUCAUAUUAACUUUGAUCCCUGGGCAAAUGGCAUGCAAGAGGUAAAUAGAUCUCUUGGCCAUCAGAUGAGCAUGAUAUAUGAUAAAUUCUUAUUGACAGUGCUUGUGGAAUAUAUGGUAAUCUGAGCUGUGAUCCUGAUGUUGCUGGUGCUGCUUUUGCUCAUUCUCAUCAUGGUAGCCACUGAACCAUGCAAUUUUAGAAUCACAUUAAUUUUUUAAAAGCCUAGUAAGUGUCUUUGGUAGAUAAUGAUGCUAUAUGAUUUCUAUCCAUUGUUCUGAAUAUCGAAGUGAAGGAAUUCAGUGAAGUGCUGGUAAACAGCAGUAGUGACUGUUACUCUUUUAAGGCAGUCACAGGCCUUGUCAUCUAAUUGUUGUGCUUUAUUAUUUGUUUUCAGAGGACCAUGACAUCAGAGAGGUGAUGCCAUGAUGUAGAAGUGAGUUGGAGUUCAUUGAGGUAGACUCACCUGCCUCACUUUACCCUCUGGAGUCAUCUGGGUCCAGUGGUGAGGUAUAGAUCAGGAUCUGCUCAGUGUUCUGAAUGUCAAAGUGAAAAAAUUCAAUAAAGUCCUAGUAAAUAGCAGGAAUAAGUAUUACCCUUUUAAGGUAGCCACAGGCUUUGUCCUGUAAUUAGCGACAUAUGACAAGUAGAAUGGGAUUUUUAUUGUGGUCAAAGGAUAUGAACAGGAAGUUUUCAGAAGAAAAAAUCAAAACUAACAAUUGUCUUAGGAAAAAAUGCUCAAAAUCACUUUUGAUUAGAGAAAUGCAAAUGAAAGCACCUCUGAGAUACCCCCCUCUCACCCAUCAGAUUGGGUAACAUGAUAAGGAUAAGAUAGAUAGGGAAAAUGACCAAUUCUGGAGGGAGUAUGGAAAAAUAUGGACACUAAUGCACAGUUCAGAACUGUUCCAACCAUUCUGGCGAACAUUUUGGAACUGUGCCCCAAGGUCUAUAAAACUGAACAUUCUCCUUUACCCAGCUUUAACACUAGAGAUCAAAGGCAAAGGACCUAUGUGUACAAAAACAUUUACAGGGGCUCUUUUUGUGGCAGCAAAGUACUGGAAAUUGAGGGGAUGUUUCACAUUUGGGGAGUGGCUGGUAAGUUGUGGUUUAUGGUUGUAAUGGGGUACUAUUUUACUGUCAGAAAUGAUAGAUGGUAGCUAGGUGGUUGAACACUGUGCCUUGAGUCAGUAAGGCCUGAGUUCAAAUAGGGCCUCAGACACUUACUAGCUCAUUGACCUUGGACAAAUCAUUUAAGCUCUGUUUGCCUUAAUCUGCUGGAGAAGGAAAUUGCAAAAUCACUCCAUUCUCUUUGCCAAGAUACCCCUAUAAUGAGAUCAGGGAUGCCAUUGAACCACUAUACAACUACAUAAUGAGGAGGAUGGUUUCAGAAAAAUCUGUGAAGACCUAUAUGAACUGACAUAGACAUUGUACAUAUAACAGCAACAUUGUA